AUGCCUUCCCUCAAGGCCCCGGAUCGUGUCUCGCCCGAGCGCUUCUCCUUGCAACACGAAGAUUUGGUCGACCGCUUCUUCUCCCUUGGAUGCCGCCAUGGCCUGGCACUCAUCUACCUUCGCAAGCGUCUCCAGCUCCUUGUGUGGGACCCCGUCACCGGCGACCAGCACCACAUUGCCGUCCCCCCGGGGUUCGACACGGAGACAUCCCCAAUCAGCGGCGCGGUGUUUCGCUCUGCCGGAGACGUACAACACUUCCAUCUGGCUUUGGUAGGGAGCAGUGAGAGACAAAUUACGCAAGCAGUCGCCCGUGUUUACUCGUCGGAAACCGGUGUAUGGGGCGACCUUAUCACAACACCGCUUCAAUCCGAGGAUGCUGCCCAUUUUCGCAUUGCGGUUUCUAUGAUCAAGCCUGCUGUGCUGGUUGGGGGUUGUCUUUACUGGUUGCUUGAUGGGAGCUUGGGUGGGAUCCUUGAAUUUGAUAUGGAUCGGCAAAGACUAGCUGUGAUACCUAUGCCAGUAAAUGACCUAAGGUUUUUCCACUUCUCGAUGAUACGGGCAGAUGGUGGUGGAUUUGGUCUCCUCGUUUUAUCAGGCUUCAGUGCCCAAUUCUGGAAGAGAAGGAUCAAUUGCGAUGGUGUUGCUUCAUGGGUGUUGGGAAGAACCAUUGAAAUUGACAAGCUACUUCACUGUGAACCAGAUUCGAAUGGGAGCCAAUUAAUACUAGGUUUUGCUGAGGACAAUAACGUGGUUCUUUUUUGGACAGUUGAUGGCCCUGUCAUGUUACAGCUUGAGUCACUACAGUCUGAGAAAGUCUUGGGAACCAAAAUCAUGGCUCACUAUCACUCAUUUGAAAGUGUUUAUACUACAGGUAAGCUUACCUUCUGCAAGCAGGUUGGGGCAUUUGAACUCUUCUUAAACAAAAUGUACGGCUUUCCUUUUUACUGCCACUCCUCAAGUAGAAGAGAGGACCCAGAAAUGUACGGCUUUCCUUUUUACUGCCACUCCUCAAGUAGAAGAGAGGACCCAGAUUUUCUCUACAACACUUUGCUUAGAUGUUGCCCACCUGGCAGUGGUGGAGCUUGA